CCUAUUUUGUGCAAAAAAAUUAAAAUGGCUGCAGGAAGUCAAGCAGCAGGUGCUGCCAGAGGUGCCGCAUUGCAGGAGUCUUUGUUGAUAGCUGGUUCUUCAUUUAACAUGAAAAGGUGUCGCUUAAUAACUAAACCCACUGCUGGUAAAUCAAGUAUUGUUAAAGGUCCUGUACUCUAUUGGAUGUCCAGAGACCAGAGGGUUCAAGAUAAUUGGGGUCUGGUUUACAGUCAGGAGUUGGCUAAUAAGCACGGUGUUCCUCUACUGGUUGCAUUCACUCUUGUACCUAAAUUCCUUGAUGCCACAUGGAGACAGUAUAGCUUCAUGAUGUCUGGUCUCCAAGAAGUGGAAAAGGAAUUACUGAAACUUAAGAUACCAUUUCAUUUACUACUUGGUAAAGCCCAAUCCUGUCUCCCUUCAUUCAUUGCUAAAGAAAGUGUCUCAGUUGUUGUGUGUGACUUCUCUCCAUUAAGAGUUCCUCUUGGAUGGGUGAAGGAAACUGGAGCUGAACUGGAUAAAAUUAAAGUACCAUUAGUUCAGGUGGAUGCACACAACAUAGUGCCAGUAUGGCUGGCAUCUGAUAAACAGGAAUAUGCUGCUAGGACUAUUCGUAAUAAAAUACACAAGUUUCUGCCGGAAUUCCUAACAGAGUUUCCUCCUGUUACUGUCCAUACUCAUAACUCAAAGCUAACAAUGAAAUCAACUAAUUGGAUUAAGGCAAGGGAGAGCCUUGAAGUUGAUAUGACAGUCAGUGAAGUCUCAUGGGCUACUCCUGGCACUAAUGCUGGUCUGAAGGUAUUGGAUGACUUCUGUACCAAGAGACUCAAGUUCUUUGCUGCGCAACGCAAUGACCCUAAUAAAGAUUCUCUCAGUAACUUGUCUCCUUGGUAUCAUUUUGGUCAAGUUGGGGUACAGAGAGCUAUCCUAAAGGUCAAGAGUUAUAGCUCGAAGCACUCUGAGAGUGUAUCGGCAUAUAUUGAAGAGGCAGUCGUGAGGAGAGAGUUAGCUGAUAACUUUUGCUAUUAUAAUCCUCACUAUGACUCCAUCAGUGGGGCAGCUCAAUGGGCUCAAGAUACACUAAAAGCUCACAAGAAGGAUAAGAGAGAGUACAUUUAUACUCAGGAACAAUUUGAGUCAUCAUCGACGCAUGAUCCUCUUUGGAAUGCUGCUCAACUACAAAUGGUACAGGAAGGGAAGAUGCAUGGUUUCCUGAGGAUGUAUUGGGCUAAGAAGAUACUGGAAUGGACGUCAAGUCCUGAGGAAGGAUUAAGGAUUGCUAUCUAUCUCAAUGAUAAGUAUGAGAUUGAUGGUAGAGACCCUAAUGGAUAUGUUGGUUGUAUGUGGUCGAUAUGUGGCAUUCAUGAUCAAGGCUGGGCAGAGAGAUCAGUGUUUGGUAAGAUACGGUACAUGAACUAUCAGGGAUGCAAGAGGAAGUUUGAUGUUGGACAGUUUGAAAGGAAAUACAACAAGAAAAGGAAAUUAGAUAAGGACGAACUACCUGCUGCAUUCAAGAAGUUUAAAAAGCAGAAGUAACUCUCAAAACAUUUUAUAUUACACGUAUUAUCAAAACUCAUCUUAUACACACUUUAUUUUA